AUGCCCGACCAAACCGUUGUCGUCGUCGGCGCAGGCCCCGUUGGCCUCUUCACGGCCUUGAUCCUUGCUCAGAAAGGCAUCAAGGUGACUGUGAUUGAGGCAAGCGAAGGAAUCUCCCGCAGUCCGCGAGCCUGCGUACAGCUCCCUUGCGUCAAUCUCGAAUUUGCCAAGGCCGGAGUCAUGCAAGAAGUGUUCGAAUCCGGUUGUAGAAGCGACCAUGGAUACUGUUGGCGAGACGGACAUGAUACAACAAAAGUCCUGGCAGACGUCACGCCGCCACCAUCCGAAAACCCCAAUCUUUGCGCAGCCAUGAUAGGGCAGGAUGUUUUGGCGCAGAUCUUCCUCAAGCAUCUAAUCAACACGGGAAAUGCCGAGGUCAUCUUCAACCACGCAUUUACUCGUGUUGAAGACCAUGGAGAUUCAGUUACGGUGUACGCACGGCGUUUACUCGACGACCAAGAGCUCAAGUUUGACUGUCGGUACGUCGUAGGAGCCGAUGGCGGCAAGAGUGCGGUUCGAAAGUCUAUAGGCCAAUCUCUCGAAGGUUACACCUGGCCAGACAUACGGCUCAUUGCAGUCAACUUCCUCUAUGACCUUGAGAAGCAUGGCUGGAAGCAUGGUAACUUGAUUGUCCAUCCUGAGGACUGGGCGAUCGUUGUAAAGCGUGGACCGAAGAAUCUGUGGAGGGUUGCGACCAGCGUUCCAUUUGCCCAAGGCGCUGAUGGAGAGCCUAUGACUGAUAAGACUGUCUUUCCCGUCAUCAAAGACAGACUUGAGAGGCUCUUGCCAGGUAACACUGAUGAGAUCAUCUACCUCCAAACAGCUCCAUACACGAUUCAUCAGCGAUGUGUAUCGAAAUAUCGCGUUGGCAAUAUCAUACUCGCCGGCGAUGCUGCCCACCUUAACAAUCCCGUCGGUGGACUCGGACUGACUACGGGUUUGCUUGAUGCAGCCCAUCUGGGCAAAACUUUGACCCAGAUCAUCAACGAAAAUGCGCCAGAAACAGAACUCGAUGAAUAUGCAACGGCCAGACGCGACGUCUUCAAGACUAUCACUGACCCACUAUCGACUGGGAACCUGUUGAGAGUCAAGUCGACUGCUCCCGAAGACGUCGCUGCGAGGGAGGCGUUUUUCAAAAUGCUAAACGACCCGAAUGAGAAGGGCCAAAUGUUUGCUCAUAUGGCGAAGGAGAUGGGGCUAUCGACUACCUUGGAUAUGAAGGAUUUGGGUCCAAGACCGCAGCUAUGA